GUGAGACCUCCCGCUCCCGGUGCUCUGACAGCUGUGUGAAACGGAAGACAUUUUGAGCCGCUGCGGUCGGUCCACUCCGUUAUUUGAGUGGCAGUCUGAGGUCGGGGCUGACGCGGUGGAGAGUCAGUCUCCACACUGAGCUGUACUCGGUGAAAAAGACGAGAGUAAAAAAAACGGUUGUAGUUUAGCGGCGUAUGUGUAGCCCAGCUAGCUAGCUUAGCAACACAAGGCUAGCAAAGUCCUAGAUGCUAGUUAGUUAGCGUCAUCUAGCUGGCCUGCCCUCCUCCUCCUCCUUCUUCACCUCCUCCUCGACAGCCGGUCCCUUCACCAGACAAUGGCUUUAAAACGAAUUUCCAAGGAGCUGACCGAUCUGUCCAGGGAUCCUCCGGCUCAGUGCUCGGCCGGGCCCGUCGGUGAAGACAUGUUUCAUUGGCAAGCUACUAUUAUGGGCCCUCCUGACAGUCCCUACCAGGGCGGAGUAUUUUUCCUGACUAUUCAUUUCCCUACAGAUUAUCCCUUCAAACCUCCCAAGGUCGCCUUCACAACCAGAAUUUAUCACCCAAAUAUUAACAGUAAUGGCAGCAUCUGCUUGGAUAUAUUGAGAUCACAGUGGUCUCCAGCAUUAACUAUCUCUAAAGUCCUUUUGUCCAUUUGUUCUCUGUUAUGUGACCCAAACCCCGACGACCCGCUAGUGCCAGAGAUCGCCCGCAUCUACAAGACAGACCCUGUUAGGUAUAACAGACUAGCCAGGGAGUGGACAGAGAAGUAUGCCAUGCUGUGAGGGUACAACAAGACAGCUCAGGACUGGACUCAGAAAUACGCCAUGUGAUCCACCUCCUCCUCACUCACUGCUGGAAUAACCCCCCACCCCACCCCCCCUCCUCUCCUCCCCUCCCCCUACACCCCCACAUCAGACAAUAACAGCAAUUUGUUCACAUUAUUUUGUCCCGUCAUCAGUUUUAAUGCUUUUAACUCCUUUCUUCGUCCUUUUCUCUGCUUUCUGAAAAACGAGUGAAGGGCUGAGGACUCCGAGCUGUGAAUGUGCCAACUGCAAAACAAAAACCACAGAGUGGACUCUGUAAAUCCCUCUGAAGAGAGAGACCUGUUACAGUGAAUGAGGCUGCAGGAGAAGAUGAAUAUAUAAUAAUAAUUUAAUGCAUGUCAGUGAUUGGUUCAUGUGCUGCUGAGAACAGAUUUGUCCACUUAAAAAAAAAAAAAAAAAGCUUUUUUGGGUUUUUCUGUUGUUGUGUUUUUUUGUUUUGAGGUUUUGUUCUUAGAGAAGAGCCAUUAGUUCAUCCAUCACCACAACACUGUUCUCCUCUUUUUGCACUGAAGAUGAAACUCAAAGCUCUCAGCGGCUGAUUGAUCAACUAAUAGCUCUGUGAUGUUUUUUCUCAAUAAAGUUGAACAAAUUGCA